CGCUAGGGAAGCAUUUGAUUCAAGAAUGGCGGACUCCACUGUUUACAUGCCAGGGAUUGUUCUCUCCUCGGUGAUGUUUCAACAUCUAAACACAGACUCAGAUGCAGAGGGAUUCAUUCUUGGAGAAAGCAAAGAAGAAGAGAAGAGAGCCAUCACUGAUUCUACCAACGAUCAUGUUUAUUUUGAGCACACAAUUCAUGUUCAAAAACACUUGCCAUGCAACAGACUGAAUAAAUUUUACAAUGGCGCAGGGGAGGUGGAUAUGGUUACAUUAAGGAAGAUGAUGCCAGACAAUAGGCAGGAUCAUUUAAUUGGCUGGUACAGACAGCGCAGGAACACCGAGCAGAGAAUGACCUUGCGGGAAAGGCUGGUCCAUGAAAACCUGAAGAACGCCGUGGCCAAUCCCGAUCUGAUCUUUCUCCUGCUGACGCCAAGCGAGGUCACGUCCGCCUGCUCCACCCAUGAAACCGAAUUCGCCACCUUCAGGUCACUCAACAGACGCUUCCAUAAGGUUCCUGUGGUCGUCAGUAACCUGGGUUCCCUGGAGGACGUGGUGUAUCGGACGUCCUACGCACCCUGUUCGUCCGCCGGUUACCACCGCGUUGUGCAGAAACACAAAUCCAAAUUCUUCUCUCCGGACGACACACAAAGAGAGGUGAUGGAGAUUAACAAAAUGAACAGCUCGAUGCAGGCCGAACUGCAGAAGGAAUGCAAGAAGGUAGAGAAGAGCGAACAGGAGGUCCAGACGUUGCUGGCCCAAUUGACUGCUCUCAGGAAACUCAUCUCCAAAAAGAAGUCCCUUAUCCCAGAAAAAGAUGUCCUCAGGCCUUCGAUCAGAGAGAACUUGCUGCUGGAAAAUUCCCUGAAGAGCCUCUUCCCUCACUCUCCUCUGUUCCAGACACAGACUUUAACCCUUCACGGCGUCCCCGUGGCAGAGAGCCUCCCGCCCCGUCUAACGACCCCUUGCCCACACGUUGACCCUGAGCCGUAGCAGGACAUGACAGCAGUCCACUCAGAUGCCCCUUGCAUGGGACCUUGAUUAGCCAAUACAAAAGGCGCAUUAACGCAUUGAACAACUUUUCAAAGAGAUCGUACAAAUGUUAUUUCAUGAAUUCAAAUACAUUUAUUGAUCAACAAAAUAAUCGAUAAGCAAAGGGCAUACAUAACAAUUCAUUCAGAGCUUUUACUUUAAUAAAGAAAUAAUAAACUAAACAUUUUAUGCACCACUCAAAGUUUUUGCAGCACAGAUGUUGGGAUCCUUCAUAAACUGCGGGUGCUUGUGGGUCACUGACAUGAAACCUGAAAAUGAAUCGACAAUAUAAGUGGAAUAUGGAUCCACAGUAAAAUAUCUUGUAAUGUAUUCACAGGUGAAUUUAGAUGGAAAUGCCAAAGGUGUCCAUAUUUGGAAUCGAUGGGGCAACCAUAAAUCGAUACAACCAUUAUUGUAUAAUCUUUAACAUUUUGGUUAAAUGGUUGUCUACUGUAUUAAAACCAGGAUCCCCUCAAAAGAUAGUGGCUCAAAAGAAGACUCACCCAUUGCGUGGCUUUUUUUGAUAGCUUUGGACACUUGCUUCUGUUUCUUUCCACAUAAACCUGUAAAAACCCAGUACAUUAACCAGAUAAGAUAGAGAUAUCAUUGCAUCCAAACAAUGGGAAAAUAUUUGAUUUAUGUAUCUUUCCUGACCUGUUAAGUGUCGGCCGUAGAUUCUACCAGUGUGUGGGGAUAUAAACUGGGAAAGCAACUGCAAGAGAACAGAUAAUAAGUAAACCAAUGUGGCUUUAUAAAAGAGACUUGCAGGCCGCUCAAUUGGACAAAUACAUAUAUUCCAAAAGACAGCAGAUUACAGAUAACAUACCUGU